GCGAUGAUGAGAAUUUUGAUAGAGUAAUAGUCUGCAGGUGGAAGUCGUAGUAUAGUAAGUAACAGGGUGUUAGUGGUAGGAAUAGAAGCGAUGUAGUAAUAGAUCGGUUGGUGUUUGUUGUCGGACGUAGUAGUAGAAAAAUAAACGGAAGCGAACUCUUUAGUGUGAGGAGAAAGUGCGGGAAUGAGAGAGAAGGUGUGUCAAUAGAGAAAGUAGAAUCUGAUAGAGAGAGAAAGUGAAAGAUGUCAUCACUGAUCGCUUAGUGUAUCUCUCUCUUUUUAUCAAAACUAUAUACACACCGUCUCUACAGCUAGUCAACAUCCUUUGCUUGCCGACUGACAGUUGAGGCCGUUGUUGUUAUUGUUUAUAUAUAUAUAUAUAUAUACACAGAGAUAGAGUGUGAAUUACUAUUAUUGUGAUUACAACUAUCAUGGAAGUUUACCAGAGCGAUAAUCAUUUUAUAAUCGUGGAUGGAAAUCAUUUCCUUUGGUGUAGCCGUGUAGAUGGAUCUUUAAAAGCCGAAACAGGUAAUUUUUACCCACCGGUGAAUGCAGUAUGUAUUGGGAUUGUUCAUGGUGUUGUCGGAAAAGUAAAAGCACACACAGAUUCGGAAUGGAAAUUGAUUUUGAUCAAAAACCAAAGCCAUGUCGGUCAUAUUCUUGAAACUCAUGACAUCUUCCAGAUUAAUAAAAUUGCAAUCCUCAGUUUAUCUGGUUUGGAACCAACAGAACUCGGACUUUCACCCUGUCCAAGACAUCAUAGAGAACAAGGUUCACAAAUCUCUCUGCCACAAGCCAGCAGCAAACCUUUGCAGAAAACAUGGAACUCUGUUAAAUCAGCAGUUGAAAAUGUAAAACCCAAAAAGUCUUUUCUGACAGAUUUAUAUAAUAUCGUUCAACCGGAACGGGAGUCUGGUUUUCAGAAAGAAGUAAAAGAUAAAGAAAAAUUCGAAAGACGAAUAUACGAGGAAUUGCUGAAGUUAUUCAACGAGUCCAAUUCCUUCUACUACAGCCUCACAUUCGAUCUAACUAACAGCAUUCAAAGACAAUACACCAAUGAUAAACCAGCAGACGAACCUCUGUGGAAACAGGCAGAUGAACGUUUCUUUUGGAAUCAGUAUUUACUCAAAGAAUUGCUGGAAUCUAAUGAUGAAGCGGCAAAGCACUGGAUUGUACCAAUUAUUCAAGGAUUUAUACAGAAUGAACUUUGUCUCAUGGAGUUUGACAUAAACAAAAGUUUGACUCCAACUGGCACUGUCAUGUUUGACUCCGCAAGAUUCCAGAAAGAUCCCCUCAAAUAUUGGCUUACCAUUAUUUCAAGACGCAGUCGUCACAGAGCUGGUACGAGAUCUAAAAAAAGGGGUUUGGAAGAAAGUGGAGCUUGUGCCAACUAUGUAGAGACAGAACAGAUUCUUCAGUUCCCGCCUCACUUAGUAUCUUUUGUCCAAGUACGAGGGUCAGUUCCAGUCUUUUGGAGUCAGUCAGGGUUCAAAUAUCGGCCUCCACCACGCCUAGAAAAAGAUGAACAAGAGAAUCGCAAUGCAUUCUUGAAGCAUUUUGAAGAACAGUUGAACAUUUAUGAAAAGAUUGCCGUCAUUACUUUGGUCGAACUGACCGGUAAGGAACAAGUGAUUGGAAGUGCCUACUUGGACCGAAUUCUAGAUUUCAACUCCAAAGACCUCAUCUACAUAACAUUUGACUUCCAUGAAUAUUGCCGUGGAAUGAAAUUCGAGAAUGUAUCAAUCUUAACUGACUGCAUCAAAGAUAUCAUCCGAGAUAUGAGAUAUUGCUGGGUCGACAGUAAAGGCAGCAUCUGUGACCAGAAAGGGGUUUUUCGAAUCAACUGUGUUGACUGCCUCGACCGGACAAACGUUGUACAAACAGCCAUUGCAAGAAUCGUCAUGGAAACUCAGUGUCGGAAACUUGGUUUGCUUCCUCCUGAUGAAACGCUACCACAAAGUUGUCGAGUGGCAUUUCAGCUGAUAUGGGCCAAUAAUGGUGAUGCCAUCAGUCAUCAAUAUGCAGGAACUGCUGCAUUAAAGGGCGAUUUCACACGAACUGGAGAACGCAAGCUGUCAGGUCUAAUGAAAGAUGGCGUCAAUUCUGCCAACAGGUACUACCUUCGUUUCAAAGACGACUACAGACAGGCAGCCAUUGACGUGUUGUUAGGCCAACCAAUUGCUGAAGAGACAUUAUUAAGUGCUGGUUUACAGGAAGAGGACAUCGAGGGGGAACUUCUGGAAAAGGAAGAGAAUGUACGCACACUAAUUGACGAUUUGAAGAAGAUGUUAAUUGUGGAACCAGAGCAAUGUCUUGGAGGAUGGAGUUUGGUCAAUGCUGAUCCUGUUAUGGUCAGUGUGGAUAAUAUUGACAGCUAUGUGCCUGUUGUUGGUGUUUACAAUGACAUGGUUGGUGUUGACUGUAUUGACAACUAUGUGGUGGUUGUUGUUGACAAUGACAUGGUUGGUGCUGAUGACAUUGAUUGCUACGUAUCAGUUGUUGUUGUCAAGGAUCCUUCAAAUCAGAAAAACGAUAGAAAAAGUAGAUCCAGCAGUGGUAAUUAUGGUGACAAUUUAUUUUGUCUAAAAUUAAAAACUCUAAGAAUUCUCGAAUUUUGUGUUUUUUUCAUAGGGUUGGAACCAUUGCUGUUUAAAUCAAAGCACGUAUGUAUGCGAAUACAUUACAAUGGUCUCACUGAAGAAGGUUUCUUUCACACCUUUCGUGUACCAAGCACCCGGCUCUUCAAUAAUGUUGUGGUUUCAGUGAAGAAUGAAGACGACGCCAAAGAAUCACUAAAAGCAGUCUGCCAUUGUUUUUUGGCAUCUCAGAAUAUUGUUCGUCAUAAUUUCGAGGUGGUUGAGAAGCAGAAACUCGAGCGCAUGAAGGUGAAACCACACCCUGGAGUGAUUGACAUUGGGAAACAGUUACAAGAAACAUCGUUGGCUGCCAUUAAUCUUCCUAGAAAUGUAUCAGAAUCAAGUCUCAAUGAAACAGAGGAAGAAACUGAAAAACAACUUCCUAACCAACACCAGGGUCAUGGUUUCUUCCGAUCUCCCAAGUUUUCCUUAAACACUGAAAGCAACAUUCACAAGGGAGAUCUCUCCAACAAGCUUGGCCUCCCUCUCAAAGGAACAUCCCUUCAAUUACCAAAGCUGAACCUACAUCCUAAAUCCCAUAAAAAUGUGAACCUUAAAUCUUUGCGACUUCCAACUGUAUUCUACAGUAAUAAAGAAACUAAAUCGAGUAUGGAACGUCUGACCAUUAAUACGGAACGUUCUGGUGAGGAGGUUUCUGAUUCAAGUAAUUCAUUGAAACACUUGCCUCCUGAAGGAGCUGGGAAUCUGCCUCGGUCAUCAGACAUGGAUGUCGUGAGCAACAAGAACCUUCUGGAUAUGACACAAGAUGAAAAUACGGACGUAAUGUUCCGAAGCUGUGGUAUUCUAGCAACUAACCCUAAACAGCUCUUUGUGACAUCUUUGAGUCUUUCUUCUGAUGUUGAUCCCGAAGAAUUACCUCAAGAGAUUUCAGCUGCCAUCGACGAAGCAAGAAAACCUGAUGCAACAGAUCAACUCAAUAAUUUGCUCAGCUUAGAUUUAGUUUCCUCUGAGUCUGAAAUAGAAAACUCCAGAAUGGCCCUUAAUAAUAAAACAGAACAGGAGAGCUUUAUGAGCAACAUUCCUGACACUUAUGCCAAUUCUUAUCCAGCUUCCAUCCGUGAUGAUUACGAUGACAAUAAUUAUGAUCACUUUAAUUGUGGUGACGCCUCGACUGAAUUUGCAGAACAUUCUAGAGACACGUCGAACCAACGAAGGAGACCCUUACCUUUGAAACCUUCCUUCAGUGAUGGUGCAAUUAGUUCUCAUCCCGAUAUGAAUACUUAUCCUGAUCUGCAAAAACCACUGCUGUUAUUGGAAAACAAUCCUUUCACAAAAAUUGGCCAGAAAAUCCAAUCAAGCAUGUCCCGAAGCUCUUCGAAAGCAACUGUCGAUCUAUUGAAAGAACAGGUUUUAGAGAAAUUGAAGGAUAGGGAAUGCGAAACUCAAAUUAUAUUUAUAUAAUUACCCACCACCACAACCACCACCACCACCACCACUUCCUCCUCCACAACCAUUUCUAAACUUCCUUUCGUUUUUUUUUUGUUUUUUUUUUAUCAUUUUAAUGCUUUCUCCUUUCCAUGAUUUUACAUAACUUUUACAAUUUACUUUUAAUGGAAUUUAUGAAUUUAUGAACAUUAGCAUUUAACAAUGGGACUUUGGUUGUUUCAAAGCAUGACUAAUGCGAAGAAACUGCAGAGUUCUUUACCAAAAACUUUAACAAACAUUAAUAACCGAAAAAAAAAAAAAAAAAAGGAAAAAAAAAAAAAAGGUAAAUUUCUUCAAAUCUUAAUAUUUCUAUUAUUUGUUCUCAGAGUGUCUUAUGAGUUAUAUUUUCAUUACUUUUCGACUCGCAUCUAUUUUUGCUCACACACACACACACACACAAAAAGGAGAAAAUGAACAAAAAAUUUUUUUUAAUGCAACUGGCCUUCUACUCUAAUUAACUUAACGCUAAUUAACAAAUAAUUGUGAACAUUGAUAUUUAAAAUAGAAAAUUCAUGUUAAGUUUUGUAAUAUAUAUAUAUAUAUGUAUGUAUGUAUGUAUGUAUGUAUGUAUGUAUAUAAUAUGUUGUACACAGAAGCAUAAGAGGAGGGAGGAUCAGGGGGCUGUCAUCCCUGAGUGUAUGUAUGAAGGGGUAAGCAAUUGCCUCUGGCCUGUUAUGACUUAAUUAAGCCGGGAGCACCAAAAUUGUCUUUGUCGUUAGGCACCGAGAAUCAUUGCCCUGCUAUUGAUUCAAUGUCUAACCCAUGCUAGCAUG